AGCAAUAUUUCAAUUAAAAAAUAAAUUUUCAUGUUAAAACUUUAAAUUGAAUUUUUAUUUGAAGCUUCAAGUUUCAACUGUUUGGUCUAAAUUCCCAAGUGCCCGCUCAAUUUAUGUAAGUUUCAAAUUCUGAAAUCUGCGAUCAGAAACAAGCUUGUCAAAAGGAUAAAAAAAAUAUGGCACCGCAAAGUAGCGUGGAUGAUUUGAUAACUUAUUUCAAAACCCAUAAUAAAGUUCGUGAGCAUCAAAGUCAUACAGCAAAAGUUCAUAGUGUUGGGUGGAAUUGCGAUGGAAAACUUUUAGCAUCGGGUUCUUUCGACAAAUGCGUUUGCAUAUUUUCACUUUCACAAGAUCGCUUAAAACAAGAAACGACAUUUCGAGGACACGGUGGUAGUGUAGAUCAAUUGUGUUGGCAUGCAUUCAAUCCUGAACUUUUGUCAACUGCAAGUGGAGAUAAAACGGUACGAAUUUGGGAUACAAGGUCUCAGAAAUGUACAGCAAACAUUAGUACGAAAGGAGAAAACAUAAAUAUUUCAUGGUCACCAGAUGGUAAUACUAUUGCUGUAGGGAAUAAAGAAGAUUUAGUAACAUUUAUUGAUGCUAGAGCUAUGAAAAUAAAAGUUGAAGAACAAUUUAAUUUUGAAGUAAACGAAAUAUCUUGGAACAAAGAUUCUGAUACAUUCUAUUUAACAAAUGGACAAGGUUGUGUACAUAUUUUAAGCUACCCAAAUUUGGAACUUUUACAUGUUAUUAAAGCUCAUCCAGGAACAUGUAUUUGUAUUGAAUUUGAUCCAACUGGUCGGUAUUUUGCAACUGGUUCGGCCGAUGCUCUUGUUUCUUUGUGGGAUGCUGAUGAAUUGUGUUGUUUAAGGACAUUUUCUCGAUUAGAUUGGCCAGUAAGAACUAUUUCUUUUUCACAUGAUGGUAAAUUGUUGGCAGCUGCAUCAGAGGAUUUAGUUAUAGAUAUUGGCGAAGUCGAAUCUGGUGAAAAAGUGACUGAUAUACCAGUUGAAGCAGCUACAUUUACAGUUGCUUGGCAUCCAAAACAAUACUUACUUGCCUAUGCAUGUGACGAUAAAGAUAAUUAUGAUAGAAAAAGAGAUGCAGGUAGUUUAAAAGUCUUUGGAUUUCCCAAUGAAAAUUAAUUAUUAAAUUAUUUGUCAUAUGUCAAGUAGAAGCAUAUAUUUUUUAUU